GUACAUCUCGUAGCCCUGCCACUCCCGCCAGUCCGCUGAGUGAGGUGAAGACCUAGCCAGCCGAGUGUGUCAGUCGUUCCUCUGUUUCUCCACACACACGCACGAAACAAAGGGAGUGGGGGAAAAAAAGUUUUCCUGGGAUCACUUUCUAAACUUUUCCCGUGCAUAAUACACACACUUCUAGGAUACAAAACUAUAGCCUGGAUAUACACACACUCAGUAGCCAGCAGAAGUGGAUAUAUAAAUCUGGUUGGGCCCAGCUGCACUGGGUGUUGUACGUUGAGGAACGCGUCAAGGAAUCAAACCCGUACCCACUGACGCCACCUCAGAACUACGUGUCUGCCUGUUCCCCCUUUUUGUUUUAAGGCACGUGUCCCACACCAAGUGCUUCCUUCUUAUCCCAGGCCGGGAUGAAACAGAAGAGCUCAAGGCAGACGCCACUUUGACGUCUGGGAGGGGGAAAAAAAGUUCGAGAAAAGGUAGAGAAAGAUGACAAGGACUACGUCAAGGGAGAUCACAAAUAAUAACCCAGACAACACAGAAGCUGAAGAGAUCGAGUCGACAAUACACCGAGGCCGAUAGAAAACAACCCAGAGCUACAAACAGCUCAAGCGAAACAGCCAAUAGGACGCAAAGCAACAAAGCCGACAGCUGAAGCAACACUAGCAGCGCCAACCAAAGCUGUAGAGACACACACGAAAAAGAAAAGCCGAGAUGAAUAUAUCAGCCAACACCACCACCACCACCACCAUGCCGACGCCUUACACCACCAACCCCAGAAUGGUGAACGGAAUCAUCAUUCUGAUCCUAAUGAUCUUCAUUAUAUUGGGCAACGGUCUGGUCUACUAUGUCUACAGAAACUAUUUUAAGGUGAACAUCUUCACGUUCUUCGUGAAGGUCCUGGCGGCGAUGGACCUGCUGACCGCCUUCACCACCAUGCCGAUAGACGUGAUGGUCAAGCUGAGGCCACUGGACGAGGACCAGAUGAACCUGGACUUCAUGUGCAAGGUGUCGCACUUCGCGGUCUACUCGAGCCACCUGUUGAGCGUAUGCGUGCUCACGUUCAUCUCGUAUCAACGCUACAUGAAGGUUUGCCAUCCACUGAAGCCAGGCUUCGACCUACGACAGGCCAAGAUCAUUGUCUGGAUAGCCGGGGCCUGCUGUACCGUGUUCUGCAUAUUCUCGCUGGUCAUGAUGGGCCGGCAAGACAUCCGAGUGCAGGUCCGCGAGGGCCUGGUGGUGAACGUUACCAUCUGCCGCUUCGAGAAGCAGUACGACGGCACGCCCGUCCAGAUCGCCUUCCACCACUCCCUGUUCGCCAUCUUCGUGGUGGCGCUGCUCAGCAUGUUCUUCUUCUACAUCCUCAUCGCCCGGGAGCUGCGGCGGUUCGAGAAGAGGAACUCGGAGGUCUUCAUGUCCGUGCCCACCACCCCGGACACGCACUCGGUGCACAGCGCGCACGACCUACGGCACGGCUCGUACGUGGACAAAAACUGCGUCCUGGCCACGCGCAUGGACAAGAUCUCCACGCACAUGUACAAAGUGUUCGCCAUCAUCACGCUCAUCUUCAUCCUCAGCUACCUGCCGCACCUGGUGGUGCUGAUCCUGCAGGAGGUGCUCCACCUGGACGACUUGGUGCUGACCUACGCCCAGAGGGCGCUGGUGGAAGUGGCCUACAACAGCCCUUACAUCAGCUCGGUGGUCAAUCCUAUCGUCUACGGCUUCUCCAACGCCGAGUUCAGAGGUCAUUGCCGAGACCUGCUCACUUGUAAAAUAUUCCGAGGGGGAAGUUCCUUCUAUUGAUAAGCAGUGAAUCAACGUACAAUUCUAAGCAACAUCAACCAAGCUUCUUACGUUUGAGAGCCGAGAACAUUUGAAUUUGACAAAGUCAAAACUUCAAUAGACCCAAGUCGAAUUUUUUUCAGUUGUCCUCAAAUGCAAUAAGUAUUUUUUCAAGUGGAUGUUUUGCAGUAUAGCUUCUUAUUAUCUGUUCACAAAAGAAUCCUGCGUUUGCUGACACAGAAGACGCCAGUAUUAUUUGCUACGUCCAUUGAUCUGAAUCCCUGAAGUUGGACAAUGACUUCUGCUGGACACCGACAGGGACGUUGCUUUCGUUUUGUCAUAUUGACAUUUACCUGGAAUAACCGUUCGCACGAGAUCCUUCGAUAUACUGCGCCUCAACACUCACCAGCGACGUCGCAGCCUGUGGGCAGUGGAGACCCAUAGCUCGUUGCCACGUCGUACAGACCUGUGACGUGGCAACAAGCAAUCUGUCUCCACUACCCACAGGUUGCGACGUUGCAGGUCAGUGUUCCACCUACAAUGACGAUUGGUCUCGCGUUGGCCAUAACUGCGAGGGGCAACUGGUCAGUUAGCGCCACCCUCUCCCCGCCACUCUCAUUCCAUCCUCAAGGCGCCUUCAAAUUGAACACGCCCCACGCUUGUUGCUCCAUUUCAGUGGUCUCAUUCAUAUUGAUCAAAUAGGGCUGGAACAUAGCGUAAGGUGGAUGAGGGGAAACCGCGUGCCACCAUAGCAACGGCGCCAAAGAGUGGACUCGUGUACACCUUGUCAACAUUUUUGUUGUUGUUUUCAGUUCAGCUGCAAUAUACCCCAGGACCACCACACAGACAUGUCUGAAUGGUUUACAGUGUGCACUUUGCUUGUGCAGAAAGUGGGAGGUUACCAUAAUUGUCUCGUCACUAAUGCCUACUAUACAAUUGUGACAUAAUACAUGCAAAUAAAUAAAGUAUUGGAAAUAAAAGAGAACAAA